AUGUCGAACCUCAUUCUCUCAUCUUCUACUCCUCUGAGUAUCGUCGGCGGGAGAAAAGAUUCAAUUGAGAGCACACUCGACGAUUGGUUAUGGUCGCCGCUCUUUUUCUCUCUCCACCUCCACCCCCUACCCGCCAUUCUUCCUACGUUUCGCUCUCUUUCAAACCCCUAAUAAUCUCAUCACUUAACACCAGCAAGAAUGAAACCGGAGGAAAUCGGUCCUCAAAUUCAGAUUCUUCUUUCUCACAUGUUCAUCUCUCACAGACCGACGAUGGGUUGUGUCCAAAAGCGCCUACAACAGCUCCUUGGAUGAGGGUACCCACUGUUGCCAACACCGCAGAAGUCCUGGAUCUUUCCGAAACUGAAAUGGAAAAGGGCGAGAGAUAUUCUGAAUUAGAUGGGAAAGUUGAUAAAUCUUUGACGGAGAAAGUUGGCGGUGGGAGAGGAAGGAAAGCAAUGAAAAAGAUAUACGAAGGGAUGACUAAGCUUCGAGAAUUCAAUGGUUCAGAGGAGAAAAGAGAAUAUCCAGAAAAGUUUGAGUCUGAACUUUUGAUUGAUCAGAAUCCAUGGGAGAUGAAAACAAAUAAAAUGCCGUGGGAUAAGGAAGAGAAGUUGGUGUUUCGGAGAAUGAAAAAAGAGAGAGUGGCGACCGCAGCUGAAUUGAGCCUCGACCCUGAAUUGCUUCAGAGGUUGAGGGAUGAGGCUAGGGUAAUGAGGAAUUGGGUGAAGGUUAUGAAAGCCGGCGUGACUCAAUCUGUUUUAGACCAGAUUCAUUUGAUCUGGAAACACAAUGAACUCGUCCUCCUCAAAUUUGAUUUACCUCUUUGUCGAAAUAUGGACAGAGCAAGAGAAAUAGUUGAGACCAAGACAGUGGGUCUAGUUGUUUGGUGCAAGAAAGAUCUGCUUGCUAUUUAUAGAGGAUGUGAUUAUAAACCAUGGAAAACUACCUCAAAAACAAACAGAGAAUUUGGCUUAACAGAUAUGGAUGAAGAGAAUAUAUUAGUGAACAAGUCUUUGUAUGAGCGGGAAACUGAUAGAUUGUUGGAUGAUUUAGGCCCUCGUUUUGUUGAUUGGUGGAUGUCAAAGCCUUUGCCAGUUGACGGAGAUCUAUUGCCGGAAAUUAUUCCUGGAUUCAAGUCUCCGGCUAGGCUUUACCCAUUUGGUAGAUCAAAACUGACAGAUUAUGAUCUGACAUACUUGAGAAAGCUUACUCAUCCUUUACCCACUCAUUUUGUUCUUGGGAGGAACAGGAAACUUCAGGGUGUAGCUGCAGCCAUUUUGAAACUAUGGGAGAAAUGUCAUAUAGCAAAGAUUGCCUUGAAAUGGGGAGUUCCCAAUACAAGCAAUGAAGAAAUGGCUGAUGAACUAAAGCGUCUCACUGGAGGAGUUCUUUUGUUGCGUAAUAAAUACUAUAUAUUACUGUAUAGAGGCAAAGAUUUCUUACCCAGCAGUGUAGCGAAACUGGUGGUGGAGAGGGAAAUGGAAAUAAAGAGAUAUCAGCUUCAUGAAGAAGCUGCUCGGUUGAAAGCAGCAACAGAAGCAUUCAAUAUAGUCGAGGAACAACAAUCAACUAUUGGGUCCUUAUCGGAGUUUGAGAAAAUUCAAUCUGAACGUGUCAGUUAUAAUAAUGGAAAUCUGACUCAAGUUCAAUUGGAAGCUGAAAAGGAGAGAUUGGAGAGGGAGCUUAACAGUCAAGAGCGCAAACUUAUGAUUCUCAAUAAGAAGAUAGAAAGAUCAGAAAAGGAGUUAGCAAAGCUAAAUUCCUUAUGGAAGCCAGCUGAAUUGGAAGCUGAUCAAGAAAUCAUUACAGAUGAGGAAAGAGAAUGUUUUAGAAAGAUUGGAUUGAAACUGAACAGCACUCUAAUUCUUGGGAGGCGUGGGAUAUUUGAUGGUGUAAUGGAAGGGAUGCGACAGCAUUGGAAGCACAGGGAAUUAGUAAAAGUGAUAACAAUGCAGAGAUUGUUGAGUCAAGUCAUUUAUACUGCAAAACGGCUUGAAGCUGAAAGUGGAGGAAUUCUAGUUUCAGUUGACAAGAUGAAACAUGGCCAUGCUAUCAUCAUUUACAGAGGGAAGAACUAUACACGCCCUAAAUUGCUGCCUCGGAAUCUUUUGAGUAAAAGAAAGGCGUUGUUUAGGUCUCUCGAAAUGCAGAGACUUGGAUCUUUGAAGUUUUAUGCCUAUCAGAGACAGAAAUCAAUCAAUGAUUUGAAGUUUAAAUGGGAGGAUUUACAGGAAAAGAUACUGACAAAUGAUGAAGAUGAAGAAGAAGAACUUUAGACAGUCUGCUGCCAAUAACUAGGUUGGUUUAUGGAGAUUCCAUGUUUUUAACAUCAUUUGAAAUUACAGUUACUGUUUGAAAAUGAAAUUUGAAUAUGGUUGAGAUUUUCACAAACCACAGAAGGUAGAUGGGCCGCCACGGGUCUUUCGAACAUCAAUCUGUCAGAAUCUUACAGCUUCUUAGUUUGUAGGUUUUACUGGAUAUUGUCUUCAUAGAUCUAGUUAUUAUGGAAGUUAAAAUAAAUAAAAAUCAUUAGCUUUCUCUGAUUGCAUUCA